AUGGAUGGCUGGCAGCGCUGGAGCCAGGAUUGCCGGGAUAAACCCAGCACAGAGAUGCUCCUCUUGCUGAGGACCUUCUUCCCAACUGUGGAUAAAGUGGGGAGCUCUUCCCGGUGGCAGUCUCACUCCCUGGCAGAAGAUGUACAGCCUGAGAUCUGGAUUGCACAGGAGCUGCGGCGCAUCGGAGACGAGUUCAAUGCCUCCUAUUGUCCAAGAAGGGGUUUCUUGGAUCACCAGGCGGGAAACCCCCAGGUCGUCAUUCUGCGCCUCCUGCGUUACAUCAUCCGCCUCAUCUGGAGGAUGCAGUGA